GCUGACUGGGAAGGAGGGUGGGGAAGGGAGAAAACGAGAUCGCGAGCAAGGAAACUCAGAAGGCGGAUGGAAUGGCGAGGGAAGAGGAGAUUUACUACGGCAAGCACGGGACACCACAUAAAUAUGACCCAACUUUCAAAGGCCCCAUUUAUGACAGGGGCUGCACAGAUAUCAUCUGCUGUAUCUUGCUGCUGGUUGCAAUUGGGGGCUAUAUUGCAGUGGGUAUUGUGGCAUGGACACAAGGAGACCCUCGCAAGGUGAUUUAUCCAACAGAUAGUCGUGGUCAAUUCUGUGGCCAAAAGGGCACACCCAAUGAGCAGAAACCUUACUUGUUUUACUUCAACAUCAUGAAAUGUGCUAGCCCUUUGGUGUUGCUGGAAUUUCAGUGUCCUACUACACAGAUCUGUGUGAACAAGUGUCCAGAUAGGUAUAUCACUUUUCUACAGGCCUCCAGUAUCGACCACACAGCAACCCAGGAACUAAAAUAUUAUCACCAGUUUUGUGUCCCAGAGUUUACUGAUCUGAAGAAGAGUGCACCUGAAGUGUUGAAAGAUGGUGAAUGCCCAGCCAUGCUUACACCAAGCAAGCCCUUGGCUCGUAGAUGUUUACCUGCAAUCAAUAGUGAGAAAGGUGUUAUCAUGGUUGGAAACGCAACAACUUUUGAUGAUGGAAGUGGAAGUGGGAAGAAAAGAAAUGUGACAGAACUUCUGGAAGGGGCCAAAAAGGCAAAUGUCCUUCUGGAGACAAGACAAGUAGCUAUGAAAAUCUUUGAAGAUUACACCGUUUCCUGGUACUGGAUAAUAAUAGGCCUUGUGAUUUCCAUGGUAGUCAGCCUUGUAUUUAUUGUUCUGCUCCGGUUCCUGGCAGGGAUCAUGAUUUGGGUGAUGAUUGUACUGGUGAUCCUGGUGCUUGGAUAUGGAAUAUUUCAUUGUUAUAUGGAAUAUGCUCAUCUGAAAGGACAGACUGGUUCUGAUGUCUCCUUGAUGGAACUUGGAUUCCAGACAGAUUUACGUGUCUAUCUCCAUCUGAAGCAAACCUGGUUAGCUUUCAUGAUCAUCCUGUGCAUUAUGGAAGUUAUCAUUAUUCUACUGCUUAUCUUCUUGCGCAAGAGAAUCCUCAUUGCCAUUGCACUGAUCAAGGAAGCUAGCAGGGCUAUUGGAUACAUCAUGACAUCACUUCUGUUUCCCCUGUGUACUUUCUUUCUGGUGUGUCUCUGCAUUGCUUACUGGGCUAGUACUGCUGUUUUCUUGUCUACCUCUAACGAAGCUGUCUACAAGGUGUUUAAUGAUACAGAAUGCCAAUAUGCUGGAACAACUUGCAAACCAGAGACCUUCAGUACUUCCAAUGUCACAAAGCUGUGCCCAGGAGCACGUUGUCUCUUUGCCUUCUAUGGUGGUGAGACUGCCUACCACAAGUAUCUCAUCAUCUUUCAGAUUUUCAAUAUUUUCAUGUUUUUUUGGUUGGCCAACUUUGUCAUUGCCUUGGGCCAAGUCACACUUGCUGGGGCCUUUGCAUCAUACUACUGGGCUUUUAAAAAACCCGAUGAUAUGCCAGCGUUUCCCCUCUUCUCCUCCUUUGGCCGAGCACUCAGGUAUCACACAGGUUCACUGGCCUUUGGAUCCAUGAUUCUUGCCAUUGUCCAGGUCAUUCGAGUCAUUCUGGAGUACUUGGAUCAUAAACUAAAAGCUUCUGAGAAUAUGUUUGCCAAGUUCCUUUUGACCUGUUUCAAAUGCUGCUUCUGGUGCCUGGAGAAGUUCAUCAAGUUUUUGAAUAGAAAUGCAUACAUUAUGAUUGCUAUUUAUGGUACCAAUUUCUGCACUUCUGCCAGGAAUGCCUUUUCCUUGCUCAUGAGGAACAUAAUCAGAGUGGCUGUUUUGGACAAAGUCACUGAUUUCCUGUUUUUCCUUGGAAAAAUCCUAAUUGUGGGAAGUGUUGGUAUCCUUGCUUUCUUUUUUUUCACCCAGAGAAUAAAACUGAUUCAAGACACAGCACCAACUCUCAAUUACUACUGGGUCCCCAUUCUAACAGUGAUUGUGGGUUCCUAUCUCAUUGCACAUGGAUUUUUCAGUGUAUAUGCCAUGUGUGUGGACACACUUUUCCUUUGCUUCUGCGAAGAUCUGGAAAGGAAUGAUGGAACUCCUGAGCGGCCUUAUUACAUGUCCUCUGCCUUGAGUGAAAUCCUCCUGAAGGGAAGCCUAAAAUCUUCCAAAAGUACUGAGAGUCAAGAAUAGGGACAAUACAUCAAAUGUGAAAGAUGUAUGCAGGUGUCCCACUGCAAGCCUUCUGUAUGCAGAUGCUCUACCUUCAUGGGCAAAUUUUGAUAUUCUGAGAAAUGAUGGGUGCUCUUGACUUGCAUCAAACAAAUGGCUAUUGAUGUGGAAGACCUGGAGCGAAACGAUGGCUCUACUGAGAAGCCUUACUUCAUGUCAUCUAACCUGAGAAAACUCUUGAAGAAGACUAAUAAAGAGACAGAUGCAUGAUUUGGCAAGCCUGGUCUUUCCAUGAGGCAGAAUGAAAUGUACCAACUUGACUUUUGUCAAGAUAGAGCAGCAUCUGCGAAGUUACAAUAUCUGCUAUCCCUAGCUGUGCCAUAUAACUGUAGCUUGGCAAAAAUUUUGUAUCUUUUAGUUUUUGAGUGGAGAGGUUUUUGUUUCUUUUGCCUUUUAAAGUGAUAAAUUAGCUACAGGUUACAAUAGCUGUAGUUUAGGAAUACACCAUAAUAAAUCAGACUGAGAUCUGUUAAGAUUGAGACCAGUUAAGAAAACCAUCCAUCCUAUUGGAAUCCAUCCUGGACUUUUUAAACAUUGGGUCAGCAAUUCUUGCUUGCUAAUACAGGUAGAGUAAAUUGUACAGACAGGGCUAAGUAUAAGUGAUCCAAUGAAGCUGCAUUUGAUCCAGUUUAGUUGUUAAUGACUUUUUUCUUGUAAUGGCAUUUAUUUCAUGUAAUCAUUGACCACUUAAAAAGGUCACUUUAAAGAUCUCAAUGAUCCCAGGAUAUUAUAUAUUAAUGUUUAUGGGAAAAUCUAUUUUCUAAAAUUUACUUCACUGCCACUCCACAUCCCCAAGACAAUUGACACCAAGCACAAUUAAUAAAUAGUAAAUCCAGGCAAGAAAAGUAUAUCCUAGGAAAAGAUGGUUAAAACUGGGAAGGAAAGUGUGACAAUAGCUUUGUAUUUUUAAUGAAAAUAGUCAAAAUCAUGUAAAACAAUAACAUUAGCAUGAAAUAUGAAAUAAAUCAAUAUAUGACAAGAAAGGAGCCAUAAUAAUAGAAAAGGUUCAAAAUUAUGUACUAUAUACUCAGCAACUUACUUUGAAAUUUCUUCUAAAAAGCCAUGUAUUUUUAAGCUGCCCAAAUAAAUUUAGCUUAAUUUUUGCUUUUUUAUACUUUAUUUCCUAUAUUGCUGUACUUUUCACUGAAAAUAUGAAAUAUUAAACACUUUGUUUUGUAAA